UUAUAACACAACUUAGCGCUUGAAAUUAAAAAUACUCUCAAUCCCUCAAAAGUUUGUCAAGUUUGACUGGCGGGAAGAAUAAUAAUAAAAUAAAAACAGUGUGACAUAAGUUUGUGCAGAGAAGAGAAAAAUAACAAAAACCAGAAAUUGAUUAUAAUUGCAAAAGUGGUAAUUUUUUAGGACAAUCUGUUGGGAUAUAUUAUCCCGGCCUAUUACUGUUCAGGGGCCCAAGACAUUAUCCAGUACGGAGCCCGAGCAGCUAGGCCCAUUUCGGCCCAUUAGGCCCGAUAUUGGCCCGUUUGGCCCAUUAGGGUGGAGAGCACCCUUUCCCUUUGUCUAUAAAUAGAGAGCUUAGCCUCCAUAUUAGGCAUCUUUUUCCUUCUUCCUUUAGCUCUCUAGAUUAGAUAAUACUCCAUGAAUGGGAGCUCAAAAUGUACUAUGUAAUGGUGAGGAGAGUCCUAAUGAGAAAGAGAGGGCUUGGACAUUAGCCUAAAAAGUCCCGUGGUUUUCUCCCUUUCGGGUUUCCACGUAAAAACUGAGUGUUCAUACAUAUAUUUACUAUAUCGUGUUGGAUUAAACUCAACACUGGCGCCGUCUGUGGGAAUCUGUCCAAAAAGAUUCGUGUGUUCUACUGUUCUUGAGUUUCUGCGAAAAAUUCAUAUGGAGUGGAUUGAUUCCAGCGAAAAAGAAGGAAAAAUGACUGAUUUGAACGGGAGGAAGAGGAAAAACGAGGAUUUUGGAAGAUCUGGGUUGUCCGGAUCUUGCUCUGUUUUGCUGCCGCCGCCGGAGCAUCGUCGCCGCCAAAGCAUCACCACACCACCGUCGCCAUCACCGACCUACUGCUGGUUACUCCCCCCACCCGGUCGCCGUUCGAGCUUCCACGACUCGGCCGACGCGACAUGUGGGGUAUGCCGGUCGAGAGCUUCAUGAUUCUGCCAUUAAUGGUGUUUUUCGAGCUCAGAAUAAGGACGUUCAGUAGUUCGGUCGAGCUUCCGCCGGAUAAAAGCUGUUCGGGCCGCCUUGCUCGGCUGCGACCGCCGUCUCCACUCGCGAGAAGUGACCGACACGAACGGCCUGCACCUGGUUUGGUAGGAUGGUGCUCCACCUGCCUUUUCCUAAAAGAUGUACUCCGCACACGAUGCCUUGGUCUGAGGCAAGCCACGUCCGUGGAGUGAGGCCAAAUAAUGAAGAGCAAACUUUUAAAAUAAUGUUGACAGGGUCAAAAUUGAUGGAAGAAUUGACCAAGCUUUAUCUCCAAACCCAGCUGGCCGAAGCUUGAUCUCCAAAAGCUAAGUGCCACUAACCCAAUUUACUAGUUAUUGAAGUAUUAGAAUAAUACAGCAUGAUUAAAUAUUGCCAGUAUUUUUAUCACCAUUAUUUAUUAGGGAUUAAAACUCCCGAAAUUAAAUAAUGAGAGUGAUGCUCUAAGUGAUAACUAGUUUUCACCGUCAUUUUAAUUAAUGACUGUUGUUGUGGGCCUGUCGGCCUGCUCCCAAUCGGCUUUAAUUAGCGAGCGGAGCGCACCUCAAUGGCCUUUGAUAGGAAAAUAUCAUUGCUAUGACCUGUUACGCCACUAUUAUUUAUUAGGGAUAAAAAUGUCCCGAAUUAAAUAAUGUGGAGCGAAGCUCUGGUGAUGGUUGGUUCAGCCACCAUCUUAUUGAAUAUUUAAUUUCUUGUGGGCCUGAUGGCCCACUCUCGAUCAGCUUGAUUAAGCGGUCUGAGCGUCUCCAAAAGGGCGACGCCCCGACGACGCAUUUUAAUUUGAGGGUUGCACGUUAGUCCGCACGGCACUACGUGCCCGAUCGACGAUCGUACCCCAGUAUCAUCUACGCCAUUAGGCGCGAAGUGACUAUUGCCAGACGCGGCCUGUGGGGCCCCGAGGGCACCAAAGCGCUCGGCCUCGUGUUUCCGAGGGCGGUGCGACCAACUUGGGUCUGAGUUUGAAAACUCACAGACCGAUGAAUAUCUCUAUGUGACGUUCGGCGGGCUGCUAAUUGGCCCCGCCGCGAGCUGCUACGUCCAUUAACCCCGCACGAUGAGCCGGGCCGAGGGUCACGAUAACCCAUAGGCCGGUAAUCGUGGAUAUUAGAGAGAAAGCCAUGCAGAUGAUUGUGUGUGUAUACAUAUUGUCGGGCCGUGCGGCCCGUUACCAUGCUUAUUGCGCAGCUGAAGCCGCUCGACGCGCUCGAGUGAAAUGAUUAGAAGACGCUCGGCCCAAGUCUUGAAGACGUGCAGGGCCGGCUAAAGAGGAGAGCAUCACGGCUGAGGACCGUGAGACGAGCAUCUCCACCUAGAGGCCGAGGGCCUAGAGGAGACCACCACGGUUGAGAACCGUGGGACGAGCAUCUCCACCCCAGAGACUGAUGGCCUAGGAAGAACACCUAGAGGCCGAGGAUCUAGAGGCGAAUGCCAUGACAGAGAAUCGUGAGACGAUCAUCCAUCAUCCAGAGGCCGAGGGCCAAGAGGAAACCAUCACGGCUGAGAGCCGUGAUACGAGCAUCUCCACACCAGGAGCCGGUGGCCUAGAGGAGACCACUACGGCCGAGGGUCGUGGGACCAUCCUUACAUCACGACCGACCUCACGGUACGGCGUAUUUAUCACCUGAAGACCGGUAUCAUCCCCGCGCUGCGCGGAUGAGAGCCGUUGCACGGAUACACUUGAUCGGCCUCUCAUUGCCGACAUCAUUAUACCACGACCGGCCUCUCGACUCGGCGUGCCUAUCUUUUGAAGACCGGCCUCGUCCCCGCCCUCGCGGACGAGGACCGUUGCUUGAUUUUUGGGAUCGGCCUCUCAUUGCCGACACUAUCAUAUCAUGUCCGGCCCCCCGGCCUGGCGUGAUUAUCAUCUUUGAAGACCGGCCUCGUCCCCGCCCUCGCGGACGAGGACCGUUGCUUGAUUUUCUCAGAUCGGCCGCUCAUUGCCGACACUAUCAUAUCAUGUCCGGCCCCCCGGCCUGGCGUGAUUAUCAUCUUUGAAGACCGGCCUCGUCCCCGCCCUCGCGGACGAGGACCGUUGCUUGAUUUUCUCAGAUCGGCCGCUCAUUGCCGACACUAUCAUAUCAUGUCCGGCCCCCCGGCCUGGCGUGAUUAUCAUCUUUGAAGACCGGCCUCGUCCCCGCCCUCGCGGACGAGGACCGUUGCUUGAUUUUCUCAGAUCGGCCGCUCAUUGCCGACACUGUCAUAUCAUGUUCGGCCCCCCGACCUGGAGUGAUUAUCAUCUUUGAAGACCGGCCUCGUCCCCGCCACCCCGCGGACGAGGACCGUUGUUUGAUUCUUUCAGAUCGGCCGCUCAUUGCCGACACCAUUAUACCAUGACCGGCCCCUCGGCUCGGCGUGCUUAUCUUUUGAAGACCGGCCUCGUCCCCGCCCUCGCGAACAAGGACCGUUGCUUGAUUUUCUCAGAUCGGCCUCUCGUUGCCGACACUGUCAUACCACGACCGGCCUCUCGGCUCGGCGUGCCUAUCUUUCGAAGACCGGCCUCGUCCCCGCUACCUCGCGGACGAAGACCGUUGUUUGAUUCUUUCAGGUCGGCCUCUCACUGCCGACACUAUCAUGUUAUGUUCGGCCUCUCGGCACGACAUAUUUAUCUUUUGAAGACCGGUUUCAUCCCCGCGCUGCGUUGGAUGAGAGCCGUUGCUCGGAUAAAUCGGCCUGACCGGACACUAUUGUCAUCUCCAUUAUCAGGACCGACUGCUCAGCGACAUUAUGAUCAUUGUAUAUCGGCUCCCAAUGCCGACCUUCUUGAGUUAGCGAUCGGGCUCACCCCUCCCUUUAGGAGGGUGACCAUCGCCUUCGCAUGACAUUAUGUGUGACAUCACUUGUGGUUAUUCUUGGAACCGACGAACGUAUUUUCCUCCCUCAAAAAAAAAAAAAAAAAAAAAAAAGAAGCAAAAAAAAAAAAAAAAAAAAAAAAAAAAAAGAUGGGGAGAAGGGGAGACGAGAUCCUAUGAGAGAGGGAGUCUUGACGAGGUAUGCCUGAUCUUCCUUCGCCGCGUAUGACGAACGUCUCCCGACGCGGAGGUUAGUAGGAACGUGGGGGAGGCUAGACGUACCAAAGGGAACCUCGGCAAGAUAAACCAGUUCCUCCCAUUUCCCGUGGAUCGAUGAACACCUUCUGCAAAAGCAGAAGGCUAGUAGGGCCACGAGCAAGGACGAACGAAGAAUAGGGAAUCCCGACGUGGAUACACCUGUUCCUCCUUGCGAUCGUUGGUUGACCGAACGUCUUCUUCGAAGUAAGAAGAUUAGUAGGACCGCGACAAGGACGAACGAAGAAUAGGGAAUCCCGACGUGGAUAAACCUGUUCCUUCUCAUAGUUGGGAUGACGAACGUCUCCUGCGAAACCAGGAGACCAGUACUCACGAGACUUGGGAAGAACGAAGAACCAGUUCUCUACCGGAGUCUGUGCGUGCCGAGUGUACACUACUUAGCGGUCCGUACAUAGGACCACGGAUACGGUAGACGAACGAAGACCAGCUCCAUGGAUCAGACACGAUGGACCAGCUCUUUACCGGAGUCUGUGCGUGCCGAGUGUACACUGCUUAGCGGUCCGUACAUAGGACCACGGAUACGGUAGACGAACGAAGACCAGCUCCAUGGAUCAGACACGAAGAACCAGUUCUUUAUCGGAGUCUGUGCGUGCCGAGUGUACACCGCUUAGCGGUCCGUACAUAGAACCACGGAUACGGUAGACGAACGACGAUUAGCUCCCCAGCUCAGACAGGAGAGACAUUGCCCAGUAUUAUUUUCAGGCUCACCAUUCCUUCCCGGAUGGAGUCCUGGCAGACGAUCGGUUCCUCACAGCCAAUCAGGAGAGAGACUUGACACAUCACCAGCACGGCCGAGGGCCGCGAGAGGCCGAGGGCCAUGAGAUGAUCAUCACUAGUUUUAUGCAUCACGAUCGGCCCCUCAGCGCCAUCGUGUCCAGAUUCACGGUUCGGAUCGCCCAUUCCCUCCAGGAUGGCGACGACCGUCUUAUGCAGUACGAUCGGCCCCUCAGCGCUGAGUACCCAGCUCACGUUCGGAUCGUCCAUCCCUUCCAGGGUGGCGACGAGCGUUUUAUGCAUCACGAUCGGCCCCUCAGCGCCAUCGUGUCCAGAUUCACGGUUCGGAUCGCCCAUUCCCUCCAGGAUGGCGACGACCGUCUUAUGCAGUACGAUCGGCCCCUCAGCGCCAUCGUACCCAGCUCACGUUCGGAUCGUCCAUCCCUUCCAGGGUGGCGACGAGCGUCUUAUGCAUCACGAUCGGCCCCUCAGCGCCAUCGUACCCAGCUCACGUUCGGAUCGUCCAUCCCUUCCAGGGUGGCGACGAGCGUCUUAUGCAUCACGAUCGGCCCCUCAGCGCCAUCGUGUCCAGAUUCACGGUUCGGAUCGCCCAUUCCCUCCAGGAUGGCGACGACCGUCUUAUGCAGUACGAUCGGCCCCUCAGCGCCAUCGUACCCAGCUCACGUUCGGAUCGUCCAUCCCGUCCAGGGUGGCGACGAGCGUUUUAUGCAUCACGAUCGGCCCCUCAGCGCCAUCGUGUCCUGAUUCACGGUUCGGAUCGCCCAUUCCCUCCAGGAUGGCGACGACCGUCUUAUGCAGUACGAUCGGCCCCCUCAGCGCCAUCGUACCCAGCUCACGUUCGGAUCGUCCAUCCCUUCCAGGGUGGCGACGAGCGUUUUAUGCAUCACGAUCGGCCCCUCAGCGCCAUCGUGUCCUGAUUCACGGUUCGGAUCGCCCAUUUCCCUCCAGGAUGGCGACGACCGUCUUAUGCAGUACGAUCGGCCCCCUCAGCGCCAUCGUACCCAGCUCACGUUCGGCUCGUCCAUCCCUUCCAGGGUGGCGACGAACGUCUUAUGCAUCACGAUCGGCCCCUCAGCGCCAUCGUGUCCGGAUUCACGGUUCGGAUCACCCAUUCCCUCCAGGAUGGCGACGACCGUCUUAUGCAGUACGAUCGGCCCCUCAGCGCCAUCGUACCCAGCUCACGUUCGGCUCGUUCAUCCCUUCCAGGGUGGCGACGAACGUCUUAUACAUCACGAUCGGCCACUCAGCGCCAUCGUGUCCAGUUCACGGUUCGGCUCGCCCAUUCCCUCCAGGAUGGCGACGACCGUCUUGUACAGUAUGAUCGGCCCCUCAGCGCCAUCGUACCCAGCUCACGUUCGGCUCGUCCAUCCCUUCCAGGGUGGCGACGAACGUCUUAUGCAUCACGAUCGGCCACUCAGCGCCAUCGUGUCCAGUUCACGGUUCAGCUCGCCCAUUCCCUCCAGGAUGGCGACGACCGUCUUAUGCAGUACGAUCGGCCCCUCAGCGCCAUCGUACCCAGCUCACGUUCGGCUCGUCCAUCCCUUCCAGGGUGGCGACGAACGUCUUAUGCAUCACGAUCGGCCCCUCAGCGCCAUCGUGUCCAGAUUCACGGUUCGGAUCGCCCAUUCCCUCCAGGAUGGCGACGACCGUCUUAUGCAGUACGAUCGGCCCCUCAGCGCCAUCGUACCCAGCUCACGUUCGGCUCGUCCAUCCCUUCCAGGGUGGCGACGAACGUCUUAUGCAUCACGAUCGGCCACUCAGCGCCAUCGUGUCCAGAUUCACGGUUCGGCUCGCACAUUCCCUUCAGGAUGGCGACGACCGUCUUAUGCAGCACGAUCGGCCCCUCAGCGCCAUCGUGUCUCUUUCACGUCCGGAUCGUCCAUCCCUUCCAGGGUGGCGACGAACGUCUUAUGCAUCACGAUCGGCCACUCAGCGCCAUCGUGUCCAGUUCACGGUUCAGCUCGCCCAUUCCCUCCAGGAUGGCGACGACCGUCUUAUGCAGUACGAUCGGCCCCUCAGCGCCAUCGUACCCAGCUCACGUUCGGCUCGUCCAUCCCUUCCAGGGUGGCGACGAACGUCUUAUGCAUCACGAUCGGCCCCUCAGCGCCAUCGUGUCCAGAUUCACGGUUCGGAUCGCCCAUUCCCUCCAGGAUGGCGACGACCGUCUUAUGCAGUACGAUCGGCCCCUCAGCGCCAUCGUACCCAGCUCACGUUCGGCUCGUCCAUCCCUUCCAGGGUGGCGACGAACGUCUUAUGCAUCACGAUCGGCCACUCAGCGCCAUCGUGUCCAGAUUCACGGUUCGGCUCGCACAUUCCCUUCAGGAUGGCGACGACCGUCUUAUGCAGCACGAUCGGCCCCUCAGCGCCAUCGUGUCUCUUUCACGUCCGGAUCGCGCAUCCCUUCCAGGAUGGCGACGAACGUCUUAUGCUGUGCGAUCGGCCCCUCAGCGCCAUCGUACCUGGCUUCACGGUUCGGCUCGCACAUUCCCUUCAGGAUGACGACGACCGUCUUAUGCAGCACGAUCGGCCCCUCAGCGCCAUCGUGUCUCUUUCACGUCCGGAUCGCGCAUCCCUUCCAGGAUGGCGACGAACGUCUUAUGCUGUGCGAUCGGCCCCUCAGCGCCAUCGUACCUGACUUCACGGUUCGGCUCGCACAUUCCCUUCAGGAUGGCGACGACCGUCUUAUGCAGCACGAUCGGCCCCUCAGCGCCAUCGUGUCUCUUUCACGUCCGGAUCGCGCAUCCCUUCCAGGAUGGCGACGAACGUCUUAUGCAGUGCGAUCGGCCCCUCAGCGCCAUCGUACCUGGCUUCACGGUUCGGCUCGCACAUUCCCUUCAGGAUGGCGACGGCCGUCUUAUGCAGCACGAUCGGCCCCUCAGCGCCAUCGUGUCUCUUUCACGUUCGGAUCACGCAUCCCCUCCAGGAUGGCGAUCGACCGUCUUAUGCAGCAUGAUUGGCCCCUCGGCGGCAUCAUGUCUAGUCCACCUUCGGCUCCGCCCAUGCCAUCUCGGAUGGGGGACCCGUCUUAUGCAGCACGUCUGCUUCUCGGCGCUGACAUGCCCGUGUUAUCGAUGAGAGCUACUGCUUCUAUCACAUCUGCAUUCCCUCUCUCAUACAUUACAUACAUACAUUACAUGCAUACAUACAUUCAUGCAUCAUACCUCAUACAUUCAUACAUACACACGUGCAUCAUGUUUUGAUAGUACCGCGACGUCGGGUUAUAGAUGAUGGACCUCUAAGCUUCUCCGAUUGGAAAGCUCGAGUCAGAGUCCUUUACUCCCGCCUGAUGCAUUCAGGGGGAGUGUGCCCGUGGAGGAGCACCCUUCGCCCGACCCUGUCGGGAAGGGGGGUGCCUCACUGGUAGAUUACGUUCAGGAGUGCAGACACUCACUCAUAUAUGAUGAUUAUGUGAAGACACAGUUUCCAGCAAGACAGAGGAAGAGCGCAGGCAGAGUAUAUUUUCUCGAGCAGAUUCGCGAGCUCACUACUCAAGAAACUGGGGGACUUGUGUUGGGAUAUAUUAUCCCGGCCUAUUACUGUUCAGGGGCCCAAGACAUUAUCCAGUACGGAGCCCGAGCAGCUAGGCCCAUUUCGGCCCAUUAGGCCCGAUAUUGGCCCGUUUGGCCCAUUAGGGUGGAGAGCACCCUUUCCCUUUGUCUAUAAAUAGAGAGCUUAGCCUCCAUAUUAGGCAUCUUUUUCCUUCUUCCUUUAGCUCUCUAGAUUAGAUAAUACUCCAUGAAUGGGAUCUCAAAAUGUACUAUGUAAUGGUGAGGAGAGUCCUAAUGAGAAAGAGAG